AUGAGUCGCUUCCAUAAAACCCUAAUCUCAGCUUUCGUUUUCUAUUUGGUUAUUCUACCGCUUCUAGUCUCAGCCACGGAGGCAGUAAACGAAUGUGGUGGCUCCAAGGGAGGAGCCUCUGCUGGGGAGAAGGCAACGGUUCUUAAGUACAAGAUCGGAGCCUUCUUCUCCAUCUUAGUAGCCGGAGUGUUAGGAGUCUGUUUACCUAUCUUCGGCCUCAAGUCAGAGAGCAACUUCUUUAUGUUCGUCAAGGCAUUCGCCGCCGGAGUAAUCUUAGCCACUGGUUUCGUCCAUAUUCUUCCAGAUGCAACCGAGAGUCUCACGAGUCCAUGCAUCGGAGAAGAGUCACCAUGGGGAGAUUUUCCCAUGACGGGUUUAGUUGCCAUGGCUGCGGCGAUUCUGACCAUGUUGAUUGAGUCUUUUGCUUCAGGGUAUUUGAAUAGGUCUCGGUUGGAGAAUGAGGCUAAGACCUUGCCGGUGAGUACUGGUGGAGAUAGUGAGGAGAAUUCUCAUAUUGGCUCGGCUCAUACUCAUGCCUCACAAGGACAUUCUCAUGGCUCUCUUCUUGUCCCACAAGAUGAUCUGAGGAAAAAGAUUGUAACUCAAAUACUGGAAGUGGGUAUUGUGGUUCACUCAGUGAUAAUAGGAAUAUCUCUAGGAGUGUCUCCGAGUGUAAGCACAAUAAAGCCUCUCUUAGCUGCAAUAACUUUCCAUCAACUGUUUGAAGGUUUUGGUCUUGGUGGUUGCAUCUCUGAGGCCAAAUUUAAAGUUAAGAAAAUUUGGAUUAUGGUGUUGUUCUUUGCACUUACGGCACCAGCAGGGAUUGGAAUUGGUAUUGGAGUCGCUGAGAUAUACAAUGAGAAUAGCCCAAUGGCACUAAAAGUGUCUGGUUUUCUUAACGCUGCAGCCGCUGGAGUCUUGAUUUACAUGGCGCUUGUUGAUUUGGUAGCUCCAAUAUUCAUGAACCACAAAGCUCAGAGUAGCAUGAAGAUACAGUUAGCUUGUAGCUUUUCUCUUAUUCUUGGUGCUGGUUUGAUGUCUCUUCUAGCUGUUUGGGCUUGA